CAAGUCCAGAUGGUUCAUGGUCAUAAGGUCUUAAACAUUUUUUUCAAUAACAUUGCCACAAACAAUUACAUUGAGAAAGCAUAAAAUAAACACUCUUAAAAUAAAACACAGAUCACACACACAAAGAAACACUCUUAAAAAACACACAAAGAAACUCUACCAACCCACAUUAUUACCCACGUCCUCCAUUUAUCAUCAGCUCAGGAGCAUCAAAAGAUCUUUCAACAGUCCAUUUGAAAGUUGUGCAUGCCUCAUCUUUGAAAAACGCACUCCCUUUUUCUGGGUACGCUAACAUGAGGUUUACAUUCUUCUUUUUCAUAGAUGUCCUCAAAAGAUUACCAAAAUCUCUGUCUCCGGCGAUUAUCAAGACGUUCUUUACCCUAUGCUGGAUAAAAUUCGCAAAAGCUUUCAUGAUAAUCAUAAGAUCAGCACUAUCGAUGUUUCUCUCGGUUCUCACUGAAAAAAAAUGAAAAAAGACAAUUAAUAUACAUUUUUAAAAAUUUAAUCAAAAAAACAUUGAUAAAAAAGAGUGAAUUAGGUAGAAAACCAAAAACAAUCGGGAAAUUAACAAACUACCAAAACAGAAGAAAAUUGAAGUGUACAGUAUACAAAUAAGAGUUCAAAUGAAGUUUCUAACCCUCAGUUUUAUUUGCCCCCUUAGACUUGUACGAAUGUAGCUUGGAAUAUGGAGUAUUAUAGAUUGAAAAAAGAUUUAGUAAAGAUUUGGUGAAGAUUUGUCUUACAUAUAUUUGGGUUAUCGAAGAUUAUAAAGCUGAGGAAGAAAAAAAGUGAUAAAAGAAAAAUAUAUAUUUAUACUUUGUAAAAUGAACAGCUAUAUUAUAUGAUUCCAUAAACGCUUUAAGAAACACGCAAAUAAGUAGUAUAGCUAUAUUAUAAGAUUCCAUUCUGAAAUACGCAAAUAAAUAGUAUAGCUAUAUUAUAAGAUUCCAUAAACGCUUUAGAAGAUUUAAUCAAGAAAAAAUCAUUUAUAGCAAGGAGAUUUGUUAUUCACAAGAACAUAGAAAUUGAAAUUGAAAUCCUUAUAACGAGGGUGUUGAAAAUUGAAAUUUGAUGAUGUUGAUUAAUUGGUGUUGAAAAGAUUCAACAUGUUGAAUAAGAAGAAAGUGGAGAUCAUCGACGACACUUGUCACUUUCUAAAGAUUUUUAAUAUUUUGAUAUUCUCUUAGUUAUGUAAAACUAAUUAAUCUCAUUAUAAAUUAAUAAUUUAUUUUAUUUCUUAUACUUAAAUUUAUUAUUUUAAAUUAUCUAUAAAUAGAGACUAAGUUUAUUUAACUUUGAUAUAGAAAAAAAAUAAUUAUUAAUAAAUAAAAUAGAGUGUCGAAUUUUAUUCAACAAAACCAUUGUAGUGAAUAAAAGUUGAAUGUGUGUUGAAUGACGAUGUGAAAGAAAAAAAAAAUGACAUAGUGUUAAAAGAUGAAGUGGAAUGUGUUGAAUAUUGAAAUCAUUAUACAUAGUCUUAAAGUCAAUGUGCUAAUAGAUAUAUUAUUAUGAAGUAUGAUAUAUUAUUUUUUAGUUAAAUAUUUAUUUUUGUCCUUGUUGAUCUCAUACAAAUAGAAUUACCAUAUCGUUAUGGUUCAUGGUCAUAAACUUUAAACAUUGUACUCAAUAACAUUUUCACACACAAUAACAUUGAGAAAACAUAAAUGCUCCAAUCGGUAACACUUAGAUGAAUCAAAUGAAUUGGGUUCAAUGAUAUAUGUAAUACUACAUGAAGCAAUCAAUGAUUAUAUGUUGGAGAUAACUAUGAUAUAUGUAAUACUACAUGAAGCAAUCAAUGAUUCUAUGUUGGAGAUCAACUAAAAGUUUUCUUGUAGGAUGUUACACAUGUCAUCUACAAGUUAAACUGGAAAUUUCAUGUACUUUACCAUUUAGAGUGUCCUGAAAUUUACCAAAGAUAAUCGGGUUCCAAGUGUGACAUAAGCAGAAGCUAUAGCAGGAGAAGCUCAUGUGUUCUUUCUAUUCAUUUCUACAUUUCUUUCUUGUUAUUACAAAAACUCUCUUAUGCCUCUCCCAAUAUUUAUGUACUUUUAAGUGUCUUAUAUAUGAGCUACUUUUAGGGAAAAAGUUGAUGCAUAUAUGGGAUUAUGAUGUCACAAAAAGUGGCUAAAAUUUACAUAUUAGACUUAAGAUAUGAUAACUUACAACAAUGUUUACUCUUUAAUACUUUUAUCAAGAAAUUUUUCUCGUCUUGCAAGACCUUUAUCUUGGAACGAUGCAAACUCAAGAUGAUCGCCUAUGGCUUUACAUUCAAGAUACCUAUUAUCGUUUCCUCCACGUGAACCUGCAGCCUCUGGUCCACCACCAAAUUCGUAGAAAUCCGACAGCUCAGGCGGUAUAGCGCACCGGAUUAGAGCCCGAUUCUAUCCUUCAAAGAAUGGAUGUCGUUUAAUCUCUGUAGAACCAUUAUCUGACCUGAGCCUGUUCUCUGGCUCCUUAACCAAAAACUAUCUUGUCAUAUCCUUUGCCUGGAAGCUCACCAGCAGGCCAACAUUAAACCUGAGGUUCUGCAACACAAGUCUUGUCGUUGUUGUAACCUUUAAAAGCUUGUUGUUGGUUUGAGAGUAACAUCCUGUAAAACGAAAAUGUUAUGAAUGAAUUAUAGAACGAGCCAUCUAUAGCUCUAAAAUCUAACACCUGAACCAUGUAGUGAAAGCAAGAAAAUAUUUGACCAAGAAAAAGAAGAAGAUCAUUAGUCUCUAGGUUUUUUUUUGCCCCAAAUGGUCUAGCUAUAUGAUAGAGGGGCUACGGACAUAAUUAAUUACUCAUUUAACUGCGAGCUAAACUUCAUAUGUAAUAAUUGAUUUGGAACAUCUCUAAACUCUAUUUUGCCACCUUUUUCUUAACAUCGCAUGGAUUUUUGCUAACUUUUGGAAGAAAUAUUACAGUUUAUUUAUACACUUUUUUUUAAUCUUAACAAUGUAUACUCUCUUCUAUUUUGCGAUUUAUAACUUUUCUAUUCACAACUCCAUAUUUUGGCUACCACCAUUCGUAAUUAUUUGUGAAUUUUGUGUGUUUCCUCAUAUUUUUGAAGAUAAUAUCAAAACUCAAACAUAUGGUAGGUAAUAAACAAAAAGCUUAUAAAAGAACAAGAAAGCAUUAGAUUUUUCUCAAAAGGGCACGUGACAACUAAUCGAGAGGCCACGUCACCUUGGUGCAUCAAUCAGAUGCCAAAAAGUAUCAUCGAGAAACAAUUGGCAGAAGACACAUCGCUUAAUAGUGGUGAAGAGUCGGUCCAUGCACCUUCGUGGAGUACGUAACGUAUCCACUUAACUCGUAGAUCCAAUUAAACUAGUAAAAGUGUGUACAGAGUAAACCAUAUUAAAACAAGUGAACUGCUACAUAUUAAAAAAACAAGUACAGCUAAAAUACUUGAAUAUUAAGUUGAAGUUCCUUUGUUUCCUUUUGUUUAAUCUGUUGAAGUUCGUCGAGACUCGAUAAUAUAACUAAAUAAACACAUAUCCAAAUAAGAAAAGACAAAAAUAAGUGUUGUCUUUGCUUUUUGUUACAUGGAUUAUUUAAUAAGUUAAGCACUCAUUUUUUUCCAUAUGGAAACGUCCAACGAAAACCAAACUAAAACUCUUUCUAACUGAGGCAUGGAGCUAUGUAUGAAUAGUAUAGUUAGUUAGUUAAGACAAAAGCGAUUCAUGCGCUUUGAACUUUUAAAAAUUAAAACGAUAGGAUUACUAUUACAUAUGCACUGAAAAUAAACAACAAAAUUGUAUUCUCUCUGUUUUUAAAUGUCAUUUUAAUAUUUUUCACGCGCUGACUAUUUUUAUAAAAAAUAUUUUAAUAUAUUCUUAUCUAAUAUCAAUUUAAUUAAAUGAAAUCACUUUUUUUUUAAAAUUAAUAAUCAUUCAAAAAUAAAUAAAACAAGAUAAGAUAAAAAAAAUUAUUUUGGAAAUAUAGAACACAUAAAAAACGAAUUAUGAAUGGCCUAAAUAGUAAAUAAAGUAAAGUUUAAAUAUAUAAUUACUCUAAUUAAAAUCGAAAUAUCACAAAAACCAUACAGUUAAGAAAGUGAAGUGAAAGCAGUACACGUUGGAGUUUGGACCCCAAAUAAAAGCGAAAAGAAAUAGCGACAGACUGACAAACAAGGUACAUCAAAGAGAAGUACACACUAGAUAUGAUUCCUUCUGGAAUGUGAACAUGAAAAUAAGUCUUUCCAGAUUGUUUUUAUUACUUGUUUUUUAAUAGCUACGUGUUGUGCCAUUAUUGGGACGUAAAAUGGCAUAUGCUUAUAAUAAAAAGAAUAAAAAUCAGAAAAAGGAGAGAAAACUGUAACAAACCGGAGCAAUGUAACCUUAAAAUUAAAUAAAAGAAAUUGAAAAUUAGAGAAGUGAAAAGAGAAAUAGAAACCGUGUUGAAGUUGGUCUCUGAGCUGCUUCCUCCUUUUUUUAAUUUUCCAGCAUAUUGUUCCCUUUUAUAUACCUCAUUUUCAUUAAUAAUAAAAAAAAACUUUCCUAAGAAAAAACAAGAGAAUCCUUAUAAAUAAUCGGAAGGAGUCCAACAGUUUCUCCAACCUCCAACUAAUUUCAGAAUUUUUUUGGGGAUUUAUCCACUUUUGAGUCUUUCUUUCUAUAACACUAAACAAAUAAAUCUUUAGAAAUGGCGUCAAGUCAGUGGACGAGGUCGGAGGAUAAGAGGUUCGAGGAAGCUUUGGUGUUUUUCCCUGAAGGAUCUCCCAAUCGGUGGGAGAGAAUCGCCGAUCAGCUCCACAAACCGGUUGGUGAAGUUAGAGAGCAUUACGAGGCUUUGGUGCAUGAUGUCUUCCAGAUCGAUUCCGGCCAAGUUGAUGUCCCUGAUUACAUAGAUGACUCAGCGGCGGCGGCGGGUUGGGACUCGGCCGGUCAGAUCUCGUUUGGGACUAAACACAGCGAGGGUGAGCGGAAAAGAGGAACUCCUUGGUCGGAAAACGAACACAAAUUGUUUCUGAUCGGAUUAGAUAGAUAUGGUAAAGGAGAUUGGAGGAGCAUAUCGAGGAACGUGGUGGUCACGAGGACACCAACGCAAGUAGCAAGUCAUGCUCAGAAAUAUUUCCUUAGACAGAACUCGGUGAAGAAAGAGAGGAAGAGGUCGAGCAUACACGACAUAACUACGGUCGAUACUAGUUUAGCCAUGCCUGGUUCCAAUAUGGAGUGGACUGGCCAGCAUGAGAGCCCUGUGCAGACUCAGCAACAGCUGGUGUCAGAGUUUGGUCAGGAGUUGACUCCUGGUGGUCAUUUUGAGGAUUUCGGUUUUGGGAUGUGAUAAAAUAGGGGGAAAGAGAUUGGUAAUGGCUUUAGUUAGGGGUUUUACUCAUUUUAAUGUGAAUAUAGUAAGCAAUAGGAUUAGGUAUUUUCUGAUACUGAUGAUGAUGAUGACGAAAUAAUAAAAUAUUUUAUAGUAAUGUUCUUUUUGUAAAAACAAGUAUGUUUUGGUAUUUUGAGUCAAAUGCAUAUGGUGGGUUUUCAUUCA